AUGGCCCGUCCGUGCCCGGAAGUCGCCGCCGCGCCGGAAGCGGCCCCGGUGCCUCCGCCCCGCGCUCGAGGCUCUGCGGCCCUGGCGGCGAGAGGGGCCGGCGGGGCGGCGAGCGCGCGCGGGGCCCGGGGCCGGCGGCGCGCCCCGACCUGGGAGAUCUCGGACUCAGAGCCCGAGGACGCCCCCGGAGCCCGCGCCCCGGCCGAGGCCCCGCGGCCGCCGCGCCCCGACGUGGCCCUGCGCCGCCUGACCGUGUGCGUGGAUCCAGCUGUUCUGGAGGACGCCGGUGCCCAGCUCUUGCUGGAGGCGCUGGGUGCGCUGGGCUGCGAGUGUCUCGUGGAGCCCCAGCGCCAGGCGCGCAGCCUCCGGUGGAGCAACUCCCAGACGGACCCGUGUCCCCAGAGCGUGCCUUCCGGGUGGGCCUCAGAGGAGCAGGAUGUGCUGCAGCUCCUGGAGCCUGAGGAGUUCCUGCGGGGCGUUCGGCAGCUCACCCAGAUCCACGGCCAAAGCUGCUCAGUGCCCUGGCUCUGCCCCGACGGCCCUGCCCCGCCCCACCUGGCUGUCAUCGGGCUGGAUGAGCACCUGUGGUCCUGCCAGCCCCGCGUGCGGGAGACACAGCAGCCAGAGAACCUGGAGGCAGCUGCUGCCGGCCUGGUAGUGGGUUGGCCUGAGGUGGAGGAGGCCCUGGUGCUCCUGCAGCUCUGGGCAGACAUGAACGUGCUGCUGGUGGCCUCCUGGCAUGAGCUGUCUCAACACGUGUGCGCUAUCACCAAAGCCCUGGCCCAGCGCCCAUAUAAGCAGCAACGGGAGGUGCAGGCCUUCCCCUUCUGUACCGCCGGGCGCUGGGCUGCGGGUGAGCGCGUGGCCAGAGACGGCUCAGGGUUGCUGGGGGCCUGGCGGCGGCAGAUCACACAGUUCAACCGGGUCAGCCAGCCCGUGGCUGAGGCAGUGGUCAGCACCUUCCCCUCUCCCCGCCUCCUGCAGCAGGCGUUUGCGGCCUGCAGCACAGAGCAAGAGCGCCUGGGCCUCCUGGCCGACCUCCCCGUGAAGGUGGACGAGGACACCAAGGACGAGGGCAUGCGGGCCCGCAGAGUGGGGCCAGACCUUGCCCGCCGCAUCUUCCUCUUCUUCACCACAACCCAGCCCGACCUCCUGCUGGACCUGGGCUCCUGACCAUGCCCCUGUGCCCUGGCUCCUAGCAGACCCCUGAGCACUGGGACCGGCUAUGUUCACUCGCCAUGGGGAGG